AUGUCCUCUAACAACGAAUGGCGCGCUGGAGAAUUCGGCGUCAGGCCUGUACGAGUGGCUAACUGUUCCGGUUACCAUGGAGAUCCCGCCAUUGAGAUGUAUAAGCAGGCUACGUUGGGCGAUGUUGACUUUAUCACUGGUGACUACCUCGCUGAGGUCAACAUGGCCAAUAAUGCGGAGGCAUAUGCGAGAGGACAACAUCCAGGCUACGAGGCUACUGCAUUGAAAGGCCUUGAACUUUCGAUCGAUGCCAUCGCAGAGAAGCGGAUCAAAGUUGCCAUCAAUGGUGGAGCACUCAAUCCUGAAGGUCUCGCUGUGAAAGUAGCAGCUUUGGUUGGCGAAAAAGGUUACAGUCUCAAGGUAGCCUAUGUUUCCGGUGAUAACGUGCUUCCCAAGCUCGGCAAACACAUGCCGCAAGACAGAGAAAACGCGUUGGCUCAUCUUGAUUCUUUAAAUGAUCAUGUUACUCUCACUCCUGAGACCUACAUAUUCGCCAAAGGCGGCGAUGAACCUCGGGAAAUAGUGUCUGCUAAUGCCUAUCUCGGUGCCCACGCCAUAUAUGAAGCAUUUCAACACGGUGCCGACAUCAUCAUAUGCGGCCGAGCUUCUGAUGCCAGCCCCGUUAUCGCCUGCGCAUGGUACUGGUGGUCUUGGAGCAGCACCAACUACAAUGAACUGGCUGGGGCCUUAGUCGCAGGACACUUGAUUGAGUGCUCAGCCUAUGUCACCGGCGGUAACUUUGCAGGCUUCGGCGCUUUUGAUCUUGAGAACUUUGUUGACCCUGGUUUCCCGAUUGCUGAGAUUGCGCAAGAUGGCUCUUGUGUCAUCACGAAGCAUGAGGGUACAGGCGGUAUGGUCACUGUUGAUACGUGCAAGUCUCAGCUCGUUUAUGAGUUGCAAGGCAACAUGUACAUUAACAGUGAUGUGAAAGCCUACUUGGAAGAUAUUGAGAUGGACCAAGUUGGUGAAGACAGAGUUCGUGUUCACGGAGUCCGCGGUGCGCCACCACCAGAUACCACUAAGCUCGCACUCUUUUACAAAGGGGGCUACGAAAUGCAGGCCUUGUUCAAUGCAACGGGUCACAACUUUGAGCAAAAGUUUGCCCUUCUUGAAAAGCAAGUUCGUUUUCAUCUUGGUGAAGGGAAGCUCAGUCAUCUCGACUUUCUCGAGUUUCAGAGGAUUGGCGUUCCAGCUGUGAACCCUGCCAACCAAAACAGCGGUACGGUGUAUCUCCGCAUUUUCGCUCAGUCAACGAAGGUAGAAGCUCUUCAGGCGAUUAUGAUGGCCAUUGGAAACAUCUCAUUGAAGCAUUACUCGGGGUUCCACAGCUCUUUGGACUUCCGCUCUGCUAUGCCUCGUCCAUAUCUGGCAUAUUAUCCAGCUCUUUGGCAGCAAGCCAAACUUGAAGAGAAGUUCCAUUUUGUGAAUGUAACUGGCACAGCGAAAUCUUUCAAGACUACACCUCCUCCUCGGUUUGAGAUUAUGGAAGAGAGGGCAUCUUAUGACACCAAAUCGCCAACGCCUCUUGAGGGUGGAGUUCUUGAAGUGCGAUUGGGUAGUAUCGCCCUUGGCCGUUCUGGAGACAAGGGCGCCAAUUUGAACUUUGGGCUGUUUGUUGACACGCAGGCCAAGUGGGACUGGCUGCGCUCAUUCCUGUCUCGAGCCAAGGUACAAGAGCUUUUGGGAGAAGACUGGCGUCCAGAGUUUUCCAUUGAGCGUGUUGAGUUUCCCAGGAUCUUUGCUGUGCAUUUUGUUGUAUAUGGUAUUCUUGGUCGUGGAGUCAGUAGCUCAAAGCGAUUAGAUGGGUUUGGAAAGGGUUUUAUUGAUUACUUUAGGGAUAAGGUUGUUGAAGCGCCCGCCUCUAUCUUGCAACGCAGCCAUAUCUAG